UAGCCUGCGCUUUCAAACGUACAUAUAUCUAUCUUGACGGCCCCUUCUCGACUGCUUCACUCUACUCCUCGCCCGCUAUCAAUUGACUGUCCUCGUGCCCAUCCCCAUUCAUCCGUCGCAAUGUCUCGGCUUAGCUACGCGCGCUACGGCAAGGACAACGUCCGCCUGUACAAGGUGGACAAGGACCCCCAGACGGGCAUCCACACGGUCGUCGAGCAGACAGUCCGCAUCUUGCUUGAGGGCGACAUUGAGCCUUCCUACACCAAGGCAGACAACUCGGUCGUGGUCGCGACCGACACGCAGAAGCAGACCACCUACAUCCUCGCAAAGCAGCAUCCCAUUGACCCGCCCGAGCAAUUCGCGGCCAUCAUUGGCGACCACUUCAUCAAGACGUACCCCCAUAUCCACGCAGCACAUGUCAAGAUUAUCCAGCACCGAUGGACGCGCAUGAAAAUUGACGGCAAGGACCACCCGCACUCAUUCUACCGCGACGGCGAAGAGACGCGCGUCAUCGAGUCAGUCACGCGCGAGAACGAGGGCGUUUCCAUCCGCUCCAAGAUUGAGAAGCUGCUGGUGCUGAAGAGCACGGGAUCGGCGUUCCAUGGCUUCCACCGCGACGAGUACACAAGACUACCCGAGACAUGGGAUCGUAUUCUCAGCACCGAGAUCGAGGCUGGAUGGCAGUGGAAGCUCUUCAAGACACUGGACGAGGUCAAGGCCAUCGACUUCGGCGCUGCAUGGAAGGCUGCACGAGACAUCACCAUGAAGGUCUUUGCAGAGGACGACAGUGCCAGCGUGCAGGCAACCAUGUACAAGAUGUGCGACUUGAUCUUGGCUGCCGUGCCACAGGUUGAGGCUGUAGACUAUUCGCUCCCAAACAAGCACUAUUUUGAGAUUGAUCUCUCAUGGCAUAAGGAUAUCAAGAACACUGGCAAGGACGCCACUGUUCUCGCACCCCAAACUGACCCCAACGGUCUUAUCCAAUGCACUGUCACCCGCAAAGACCCCAAGUCCAAGCUGUAGAUCUAUCUGUUGUCACUGGUUUUUAUUUUUCACAGUGUAACAUGUUGAAUUUCUGUAUACCAUUUGGCGCCUAUUGUUUCAAUGGGGAAGAACGUGGAGUGAGAGUAGAACAUUAUACCAUUUUUAGUCAUUGGAGAGAGGAGUCAGGACAGACGUAUUCAGCGAAGAUAAAAAAAAAUCAUCAUUUUCUCGCUGCGUAGCUUUGCCACUACGGAACCAUAAACUUACUUUCUUUCAUUCAUAC